ACUCUCUCUACGAUUCGUCAAAAUGCAGCGGUUUAGUGUGAGUAGGAUUUGUUACUUCCUACCGUACCUCCUUUCCCUUAUCUUAGCGAUUCCAACAUCUGCGCAUGUCGCACGUGAGGCCGAGCCAUUAGCAUGCACGAUAUCCAAGCCUCCAAACAACCAGCAAGGACUCAAAUGGGCUGUCAAUGCAAUGUGCUCCCAUAUCCCUUCCGGCGUUCAGAUUCGGGGAAAAUGCGACGAGGGCUUUUCUGAAUGGUUCAGUGACGCUGGGGUCACUCACACAUUCUACGUGGGCAUUUUCACUGUUGACUGUUUCCCAACACUUGAGAUCCGAGUCAUUGACAGCUCUUCCAACAACUGUUCAGUAUUCUCGAACGACCUGGGAAUCGGCGCAGAAGGGAGAGGAGGCAAAUACCAGCUAACUGUCGAUUGUCCGAGACUCAGUGCAGGUAUCGCCGUUCGAGGGAUAUGGAACAGUCCUUGGUAUAGCUCCUCGCCGAAGACAGAAUGGAUCAAGACUCCUGGCGUGUAUCGUGGUCCGACGGAAUUCUUUACUGGAGACCCUUGGUCAACAGACAUUGAGUGGGCUGUCGCCUGAAUGUCAAGCAAUCAAUCUCGGGUUAAGUAUUAUAUUACCAUUAGGGCACGUCCUCCUUCUAUUAUAGGGGAGGAUAUAUACGUUUUCGGCGCGCAGGAAUAACACUAAACUAAUAACUAAAAUAGGAGAGAGAAGAUAAGGUUUCUAUCGUAGGGUAAGGCUUUAUCAUGCACGGCUAUAAUAACAGUAUAU